AUGAAGAAGAUCCAGACAAUAAAGCCGGUCUUCCCCAUCUAUGUUGCCUGUUGGCUUACGAUUGAGGUGAGAAACUGGUUUCACGAUAUUUCCUAUUUUAGUAUUGACCACUGGAACAACGAGCAUGAACGUAUUGUGCUGCUGACGGAGAGAAGUUUCUACGUGAUUCGUUAUGACUUUAUUCAGAGAACUGUCCGAGAAAGCAGAAGAGUUGGUCUGGGACAACUCAAUUCAGUGAUAACAGGUCCCCUGGUCUUUCCCGCCAAGUCUUUGAUGCCAAUUCGCACUUCUCCAGGCGUCCAGUUGAUGUGGGGCGAUCCGAACGAAGUUAAAGUCACACAGAAAUGGAAUCCCCUUUGUCGCAGUCUGCCAUACGCCAUUUUGACACAUCACCCUCUUCUGGUGAAGCAGAGCCAACUGCCGUAUGGACAGACAACGGUGCCCGGCUGUGGGUAUAACAAUACAACGGGACACGUCAACUCAUUUUUGUCACCAUUUCUAUUGAUAUUUCAGUUUCGCAACAGUGAGAUUGUGAUCGAGAGCUAUGGCAACAUCGGCAGUAUGGUAUUCAACCAAACGAGCCUGGGCUUUACGAAGGAAACUCACGUUCCACCGGUUGUAUAA